AUGGCGGUCGCUAAGCGCGAAGGCGCAUGUGCAGACCUAAGGCCCGGCGGGGAGGGGGCAGAGGAAGGCAAGGCCCUGUUGUCAUAUCUGUCAGUCUCGUCGGGGCUGGCCCCUCCCACCUCAGCAGAGGCAUUACAUACUGCUGGUGCUUGUGCUCUUAGCAACGGUGCCUCAGCAACAGAGCCCAGGCAACAGAGCUCCACGGCAACAGAGUGCCGUGUCUCCCCAAUGGAGCUGCCAUUGGGCGGACCAGCUCUCAGGCACUACACCCAAAGCCGACCAAGACCUCACCGACAAAAGCUCAACUAUCGUCCCAGCAGAGCACAGGACACAAUAAUUGAGAGUGAAAAUGAAGUUCUAGAGCUCAUCGGGCGUGUAGACGAAGGAGUGGAGGAGUUCUUUACAAAGAGAGUUCUUCCUGCUGAUACAGAGCAAACACGAGAUGAGGAACCAGAGUCUAUCACAGUGGAUGAAGUGGUUCCUGCCACUUCUGUCCCUUGUCCACCCCCAACGAAAACACUCCGGAGGAAACUCGGGGAUUUCUUUACCCUUCGAAAGCGACGAGGUGUGAAAUCAGAGACGGGCCACGAGAGCCGACCCAAAAAGGCCUCCAUCGCUGAUCUCAUUCGCCCUCUUAGGGAAGCAGCCAGAGCUGACAAAGAGAAAGAUAAGGACAAAGUCAAGGAACAAGACAAGGAGAAUGAAAAGGAAAAAGGGAAAGAGCAGCCCAUUGGUGUUAGCGGAGAGUCAACUGUGCAGGAAACACCUGCUUCUGAUCCGGCACUCAGGGGUGAAGUAGCGCCACCCCGUCGUGCUCUCAGAGAAGGGAAGUCCCAGUCACUAAUUUUACUGUCUGGAUCAUCAGCGGGAACCACCAAUGCCAGAAAGAAACAAUUUGAAGGCCAGCAUAGCUUCGAACAGAAACUUCAUUUGAUGCUUCAACGUAUUGGAGUUUCCAAAGCACAGCCAGAAGAGACACAGAAUCCAGAGAGAGAGAUGAAAAAGGCAGAAUCUGAAGGCACCAUUAUUGACAAUAAAGCCGAGCCAACCCCGACUUUCACAAAACACAGAACCAUGUCAGCAUCCUCAGAUACAAGACGUCAAAUUCGACCAAGCAUGUCAGCACAUGAGUCAGCUGGCAAACCCGCUUUGCCUCCAAAGCCAGUCCUCAAAUCUGGUCCAGGCCCCUCAACAUCUGGCCGCAACACGCCUGAGAAUGACUUGGUCCAAAUAGAGGAGGGAGAAACAAGCACACCCACUAAAGAAAAAAGUCCAACUGCUACUCCAUCUGGCCCCUCCACUCCCGCUGUAAUGUCAAGCGCUACCACUGACUUAGCUGACAUUACUAUUUCCACUUCUAGUGCUGCAACUUCCCAGCCGGAUGUGCUUACCGUUAACACAAUGCCCACUAAUGGUGAAGAAUUACACGACGAGGCUUCCGACCCUGAAGCUCAAUCUAUUAGCACAGAACCACACACCUCUAGUUCCCAGUCAGUUCUUAUCGAACCCCCCGUCGCUGCCCCUUGUAGUUCCUCAGAGUCCAUUACUCACAGUCCCUCUGCCACUUCAGACUCGACAAUAGUAACUUCCAUUACUGCAUUGGAGACGGCCUCUAGUCAUAUCAGUGAAAGUGAAGCAAAUAUGUCUGUGAAACCAACAAGUCCAGUAUCAAAUGGUGUAGUUUCAGUUUGCGAAGAGGCUAUUUCUGUCAUUUCCAGUGAAGAAGCAUAUACUCCAGUCUCUAUGCAAACUGGAGAUACCAAAUCCUAUCCCGCUACCAGUUCUCUUACUGUAACUAUUGACGAUUUCACUGCAGGAUCUCAGAUAGGCACUAAAAGCACAGAUGGGGCCCUGAGCUCAACUCCUCCUAAAUCUGAUACCUCCAUUACCAGCUCCUCCAUACCUCCUCCUACUAGCACCACCGCCAUUCCCACCACCACAUCAACUGACUGCAUGGAGUCUUCUCCUCCCAUUCAUCCAUCAACCUUAUCCAGUGAAACCAACCUGACUGACUCCAUCACCGCCACCACCACUUAUAAUGCUGCUUUAACUACUCCAGAUGCAAGUAGCUUUGAUCCGAAUUCCUCGAAGAAGAGCAGCUCUAAGCUUACAUCAAUUAUCACCUGCAGCACCACUCCUGAAGACUCCAGUGUUACAAGGCAGAGUUUGCAAAGUCCAGCAGUCGCCAAUGCUAGUCCAAGCCAAGAUUUACAAACUAAUCUUGACGAAAAAUCAAGUCUUACUGUAAAAGACGUAGAUAUGAAACCAGCAGUGGUCCAAAAGCAUAAACAAGAUAAGGAAACUGAAAACAAGGAAGCCAUGGCUGAUGGCAAAGAGAGUGAGCCGAAAGCAGCUCAAGAUGACAACGGUGAAGCAACAAAGAAAGAAGCCCAAGAAACAAAUGUGAAAGCUGAAGACAUCACGGUGGGAAAUGAAGAAGGGGAGACUCAACCUGCACCGGAGAAUCAAUUUCCAAUUGAAUCUGAAACAAAUAAAUGAAAAAAUAUAUUAUAGUACAUUGAUAAAUUGGGGACCAACUACUGUGAUGAAGGCAAGUUAGGCCACAGUAAAAGGAAAUGGUUAAAUGAUACAUGGCACUUCCUAAACAGGGACCACCAUACAACAGCAGCACACCACACACCUGGUUGGACCACUGGACCAAAGAACUGAGAUCCAUGGUGUGAUGUAAUCGACAAAUCCAGCAGUGUCUUUGUCCUUUUUUUUUUUUUUUUUUUUUUUUUUGUUGAAAUUUUUAACUUGUGUUGGAAAUUUGCAUUGCACGUAAGAUUAUGUACCAUAAGACAGUACUGUGUUUUAAAGAAACCAUGUUUACAAUAGAUGGAUAAGAGAAAAUAGAUAUGACUAUUAAAUGGAAUAUUGAAUUGA